CAGGCAGAAGAACAGAGCUUCAGCCACAAAAUUCCUCAGUCUCUCUCUCUCUGUAUUGUUCUCUGCUCUUGUCAAACUGACAAUAACAGCAGUUGAAUUCACUCUCAAUCUUUGCAAAGUCAUUCUCUCGCUGGAUACGAUUUCAUCUUCCAAUGUUCCAACUUGGAAUUCCAAAUCCAAUAACUCAGUAAGUUCCAUUCUGAUUCUUCUAUGUACCUAUUCAGUUGUUUACCUUAAAUCUUCCAUUUUUGCCUUAAAUGGAAAAUACCCAUUAAUGUAAAUUAGUGAAAACACUAAUAUUCCAUGGCCAGAGCUUCAUCAUUCCUAAUAACCUUACUUAGGCAAAACCCUCGUAGACUCCAAAGCCCUAAUACCCAGAUUAGAAAUCUCAGUGUAGAUUCCAAAGAAACGAAUUUUAUUGCGAAGGAAUUGAGAGAAAUUCAAAACCAAAGUAGAGAAACAGAUGAUGCUAUAAACCAACCAAAUUUAGACAUUGUAAAGCAAGUUUGCAAGAUUACUAGAACAAUACCCAGGUGGGAGGAAAAUCUGCUCUCAAAGUUCCCUUCUUUUAAUUUUUCGGAUCCUGUGUUUUUUCGGGAGCUUUUGAGACAGCAAGAAAAUGUGUUUCUCUCUCUGUGUUUCUUUCACUGGCUGCGGUCUAAAUAUGAUUUUUCACCUGACCUUGAUUCCUGUAAUGUGCUUUUUGAUAAGCUUGUGGAGGCUAAGGCCUGUAAAGCAGCAAGAAAUUUUCUUGAACAGACUGGUUUCAGCCCUGAGCCGCGUGCUUUAGAGCUUUACUUAAGACGUCUUUGUGAGGUUGGAUUGGUCGAAGAAGCAGUUGAGGUGUUUUCCAUGUUGAAUAAGAUUGGAUAUCGUCCAUCAGUAGCAACGUGGAAUUUAGCAUUGUUGGCUUUUCUUAAGGUUGGCAGGAAUGAUUUUGUGUGGAAAUUGUAUCAGGAUAUGAUAGAUUCAGGUGUUGUGGUGGAUAUUGAUGUUGCGACUGUUGGUUGUCUGAUUCAAGCCUUUUGUAAUGAUGGGAAUGCUUCGAAAGGUUAUGAGCUUCUUCGACAGGUUUUGGAAGAUGGGUUGGUGCCAGAUAAUGUUGUUUUUAACAAAUUGAUUGCUGGAUUCUGCAAGACAAGGAAUUAUGGUAGAGUAUCUGAACUUCUUCACACAAUGAUAGCUAGGAAUCGUGGUCCGGAUAUUUAUACAUAUCAGGAAAUCAUUAAUGGACUCUGUAAGAAGAGAAAGUGGCUGGAGGGUUACAGGAUUUUCAAUGAUCUCAAGGAUAGAGGGUAUGCUCCAGACAGGGUCAUGUAUACAACAAUGAUUCAUGGUCUAUGUAAGAUGGAGUGGCUUGGGCAUGCUAGAAAACUGUGGUUUGAGAUGAUUAAUAAGGGAAUGCUCCCAAAUGAAUACACUUAUAAUGCACUUCUCCAUGGGCUUUACAAGGUCCAUGACCUCGAAGAGGCAGAAAAGUUAUUUAAGGAGAUGCUGGACAGAGGCUAUGGAGAAGCCACUGUGAGUUACAAUACCAUGAUAGCAGGGUUUUGUUGGCAUGGAAGGAUGGAUGAGGCUUAUCGUUUAUUUGAAGAAAUGCCUGAAAAGGGCAUUGUUCGUGAUUUAAUCACAUUCAACACUCUGAUCAAGGGCUUUUGCAUGGAAGGGAAAAUUUUAGAGAGUCUAAAUCUUCUGAAAGAACUCUUGGUACAGGGUUUACAGCCGUCUACUCCCUCUUAUACCCCUAUAAUCAAAAAUCUAUGUCAGGUGGGUCACAUGCAAGAAGCCAAAGAUUUGUUGAAUGAUAUGCAAACUAGGGGUCUAGAACCAAUAGUCUGUACACAUGAUCAUGUCAUUGCUGGAUUGUGUGAGCAAGGAUAUGUUGCAGAGGGGAUGGAACGGUUGGUAGAAAUGCUGAAGAAUAGACUCAAACCACGAAAGGAGACUUUUGAGAAACUGGUUCAGUGUCUCUCACAAAGUGAUAGGUUAGAUGAUUCUUUACUUGUUUUGGAUUUUAUGUUUAGAAUAGGUUAUGCACUUAGAAAUGGCAUAUGCCAUUCCCUGGUUACCAAGUUUUGCGAAGGAAAUGCCCAUUUUGUUGAAUCAUGUUUAGGAGAGGUUUUAGAAAUAAAUUAAGCAAAGCUUUUCCUUUUUGUAACGUAUCUAUGAUGAACUAGCAAAGAUAAUCGAUGCAUGUUCUUUUGAUUGCUUUGGGUAUCUUUA